UUCUUACAGAGACCCUUGAAACUCUCAUCAGACAAGCAGAAAAUUACACCAGCAUACUUUUUUGCAACACCUACAGGAACAUGGCCUUAGAGGCUGCUGCUUCAAUUCAGGAGUUCUUCACUGAUGUAGGGCUCUAUUUAUUUGGUGCGGAUGUUAAUCCUGAAGAAUUUGUAAACAGAUUCUUUGACAGUCUUUUCCCUCUAGUCUACAAUCAUCUCAUUAACCCUGGUGUGACUGAAAGCAGCCUGGAAUACUCAGAAUGCAUCCGGAUGGCCCGCAGGGACGUUAGUCCAUUUGGUAAUAUUCCCCAAAGAGUGAUGGGGCAAAUGGGGAGGUCGCUGCUGCCCAGCCGCACAUUUCUGCAGGCACUGAAUCUGGGCAUUGAAGUCAUCAAUACCACAGACCACCUGUAUUUCUCCAAAGAGUGCGGCAGAGUCCUUCUGAGGAUGGAGUACUGCCCUCACUGCCAGGGCCUGACUCUCAGUAAGCCUUGUAUGGGGUACUGUCUCAACGUCAUGAGAGGCUGCUUGGCACACGUGGCAGAGCUUAAUCCACACUGGCAUGCGUACAUCCGGUCGUUGGAAGAGCUGUCAGAUGCCAUGCAUGGAACAUAUGACAUUGAACACGUGCUCUUGAACUUCCACUUGCUUGUUAAUGAUGCUGUGAUGCAGGCUCACGUUGAUGGACAAAACUUAUCGGCACGGGUAAAUAAGAUUUGUGGCCGUCCAAUCAGAUCACCCACACAAAGCCCCCGCUGUUCUUUUGAUGGGAUCAAAGAGAAGCAUGGAAUGAAGAUCUCUGCAAGAAAUGGUGAAGAGACACUUGCCAACAGAAGAAAGGAAUUUAUCAACAGCCUUCGACUGUACAGGACAUUCUAUGGGGGCCUGGCUGAUCAGCUUUGUGUGAAUGAAUUGGCCGCUGCUGAUGGACUGCCCUGCUGGAAUGGAGAAGAUAUAGUAAAAAGGUAUUUUAUGUGUAGGGGUCUGUGAGAGCAUAAUGGCUUCUUUAUCCUUGCGUUCUUUUACCAGAUCAUGAAUGGAUUACUUCCGUUUUAACUUUACCACACAGGUUAGAGUAUACAUUAAUUCCUUCUCUUUAGUUUGUUAAAAAUAAAUUUGAUCCUUUUUGACAUUUAAAAAAUAUGAUGGCAUUCUGUGGUGUUUUGAAAGUUCUCUGUUCUUUUUUACCUAUCUAUGACAUACCCAACAAUCCCAUUUUUUCAAUCAAGUAUGACUUACCUUCUAUCAAAUCUGUCUUGUUUAUCAAAUAUCUUAUUUUGACUUUACAAGUAUUAGAAAGUGAGGAAAUUUGGUGAAAUGUGAAUACCUAUGCAAAGAUUCAUUGAUAUGUGGCUAUGUAUCUCAGCAGUGUUAGCAUGUCCAUCCUAACAGUUGUCUCCGUGAGAGUGUGUGUAUAUGUAUCUAUGUAAGAGUGGGGGCACUUUUGUGUAUGUCUGUUUAAGGCAUUGUUUAUUGUAUGUUAUCAAUUAUUUUCAAAAUCAGGAGUGAAAUUUAACUUUCACCUUUUCUUCCCCUAACUUCCUAGAAUUUCUUUGACUGUGUCUUCUCCUUUGCUUCCUAUAACUGCUCGUACUCUCAAGUAAUCUCCUGAGCUUGAGAGAGUCUGAAAUUCUCCCUCUGUAAUAUAUAAUGGUGGUCAAUAUAAUUGGUUGCAGUUAGUCCUUUGAUUUUCCAGUGCUGGUGAUUAUUAUAGAAUGUAGGCUUCUGUUGUGUUUGGAUUUGAAUGUUUUAAUGUAUUUUAUUUUGAGCAAACUGCAACAGGAAAGAAAGAGAAUUAAGCUUUCUGACUUACAAACACCUCUAUUCCACAUGUAGAUAAGUGGUUUAGUUACUACAGAGUGAUGAAUCCAUUUAAAAUGUCAUUUAGCAAUUACAUUUACUAUGAUAAACAUAUACAAUAAUUAAUUUUAAUAUACAUUUAUAUCAUAAAAACAGUUUACAUAUUUCUGGGUGAUCAUAUUCGUUAUAGUUAAUGGUUACAUUCCUGAUAUAUCAAAUGAUUAUUUUGUAGUUAAAAUCUAAAUAUCUCACAGAGAUUCUUAGAAUUCAUCUAAAAAAGUUAUUGAAGACGGGAAUGGUAAUUAAAUUUAAAUAAAAUAUUUGGCUGGCAUGGCUAAUGCUCUCUUUUCAUUAUGCUCCUUGAAUGUUGGAAUGUGUUUUCUGAAUAUAUCUUUUUAGCCCUUAUUGAGAACAGUCAUAAUAUGCAUAGUACUUUGAGUUUUUUUAGUAUUCAUGUCAAUAAGAUUUCUGCCACUUAAGUCUAAU